ACCUUCGGUGUUGAGCUCGAGUGCAUCGGGUUCACCCCUUCUAGCAGUCCCAAAAGUGCGACGCAACUUUGCAGUGAGAUCCUACAACAGAAGGUCUUGCUACCUUGCAAGUAUAAGUGUGAGAGAGGCGUACACGAGUGGCAUUUGCCAGUCCGCGAGGAGGUCGUAGCCGAGAAGUCGAUCUCAACAUCAUCCUUCUUGGCUUGGGAGAUCCAGAGGGAUACGAGCAUCAGGCUCAACGACCAGGAGCAGGAGGCUGUCGAUCGCACAGCAUACAAUAACGGGGCUGCCUACAGCGAACCAGACUCAGAAUUCGAGGACAUCGAGCUGGUCUCGCGAGUGCUGAGUUUCGACCAACCUACCCCUUGUCCUAGAGGUCAGGUUUACCCCUGUACCAAGGAGCCUUUUGAGUGGCAGUGGAGAGAGGAGAUCAUAGCCAUCCUCGAAGCACUUCAGAAGGGGUUUAGCAAGCCUGGCUAUCGCAUCAUAGUCAACGGUUCCACUGGACUGCACGUCCACCUUGGCCAUGGCCCUCAGGGCUUCAGGCUUGAUACCGUCAAGGGGAUUGUUGGCGGUUUCGUGGCUUUUGAGCGUUGUCUUGACAGCAUUAUGCCUGUCAACCGCAUCUUGGGCCACAUGGACUCAAAACUGCUGUACGGUAACGUAAUCACUCCUGACUGGCUAGACGCAACCCAAGGUACCGCUGCCAAAGGUUCCUGGCUCGACGCCCCUCAAAAAGUAUUCGUACAUGAAUGGGACGGCACAAUACCUACUUGCCCUGUUGAUCCCGCAAAAGCAAGUCAGAACAUCAAAAACCUCCUACUCAGCUAUAACAUACCUGCCUGGCUUCAGAUGAUCAAGGACAUGGAGACACUACAAGAGAUCAAAGCACUAGGAGAUCUCCAUCGCAGCUCUGUCAACCUCGAGAACCUGCAUGAGCCUGAUCCAAAUGUCACCAAGAACACCGUCGAGAUACGCGUGCACGCCGGCAGCCUUGAUGCCGUGGAAAUAACCUCCUGGAUCGAUUUGCUAGGGUCACUGGCCCAUCAUAUUGAGAGUACUCCCUCGGAUGAGUGGUUUCAAUAUCUCAACACAAUCUGGGCACAGCCAAAGUAUACUCUGGUCGAUCUGUGCCAUCGCAUCAACGCUACGGAAGAUACUGUCCACCACUACACCGAUGUUCUCCUGACCCCUGACUAUGCAGAGCGCCGCUGUGCCCGCUACACUUCCGGUGCUCAUAACCCUCCUGACAGUCUUAACACCCUGACCCACUGCAUCGAAGCAAACCGUCUUGUCCUCUCCUCCACACACGCCGUUCUCGAUUGUAUGACUCAAAAGCUCGCAUCAGGACUCUACGGUCAAUUUCCCCUAGCCUUCUUA